AUGUCUGUAAUUCAGCAAGGGACGGCAACACAUAGGAAAGCAAAGAAAAUCGCUGUAAAAACCAGUCUAGAUAACCCCUUUGUCUUUCAGUGGAAAACCAUAGAUGGAGAUGAUAUGCAUUUUAUACUACAGACCUUAGAAGAAAGGAUUAAACAUAUUGGACUUAAAAAGAUUGAGACUCCAAGAAAGAAAAAACACUCCCGUACAAAAGAACAGGCGGAAAAAAAGCCCGAUGGCAGCACCAGCGAACUCCCUAAAGAAGAGGAAACGGAAGGCCACCGACAGCAGACAGGAUGGACCGACAUAAGUAUCAGAAGACAGCUUGCUAUUGGAGUUAAUGAAGUUACAAAAGCACUGGAAAAAAACGAGCUGCUACUGCUGCUGGUGUGCAAGUCGGCGAAGCCUACCAUGAUCACGUCACACCUCAUCCAGCUGAGCGCGAGCCGGGCCACGCCGGCCGGCCAGGUCCCCCGCCUCAGCCACACCGUCGCACCCCUGCUGGGCUUGGCGUCCGUCUUGGCACUGGGCUUCAAAAGGCAGUCCCAUGCGUUUACUGAGGCAAUAGAAGCGAUCGUUCCAAAGAUACCGGCUCUGGAAGUGCCCUGGUUUCAGCUCAGAGCUGAAGAACCAGAUUCUUCGGAAAACCAUGAACCCAGGCAGCUUACGGAAGCGCUGGAGGAUGAGCUCAAAAGCCAGAAGCGGAAGCGCAAGGAAUGCCAUCGGCUCGACCUUUCAAAUGUCAUCCUACAGCCUCUGAAAAUCAAGAAACUUGUUCCAAAUCCAAAUAAGAUAAAGAAGCCGUCUCACAAAAGGAAAAAAGCUUUUUCAGCAUAA